CUAAAAUGGCGGCAAAUACGGGUACUACAGGGAAUGCCUACUCCCCGCCCCCCGCACGCACUAUUUCUAUUGAAUCAGACGCGUCACGUGACAAUUCCUCACGUGCCCUUCCAAUGACCAACCAACCGUGGUUCCACGGCCCGUUGAGUCGACCAGAUGCCGAGCAGCGUCUCAAGCAGCUGGACAUGAGGGACGGACUCUUCCUGGUCAGGGAAAGUCCCCGAAGUCCCGGAUCAAUAGUCCUCUCCGUCUGUUUCGCACAGAAAAUGCACAAUUUCCAGAUCAGCGAGAAAUUGAGUGGCAAUGGUCGGCAGUUGCACAUCGAUGAUGGUCCUCUCUUUUCUACGUUGGAUGAUUUGAUUGGCUUUUAUCGAUCUGGAAUUGAUGGUUUGCCAAUACAAUUGAAAACUCAUUGUCCCAACAAAAGUAUUGCUUCACCACCCAAAAAGAUCGGAUCCUAUGAAGUCGUUUGGCUCGCCACAGAGAACGAGAAAAAAGACGAGAAAUCGGCAGGACAACAACUAGCAGCAGAACUUGAAGCUCUAACAAUAGAAGAUGGCGAAGUUGCAGUUGAGCGGCAAAAGUUGCUAAGCAGAAUGAGGCGAUCGAAGAAGGCUAUACACACAGCUGUGAACAAGGAAGAGGAAUCUAAACCAUUUGAUCCAGACUCCAAAACAAAAGUCUCUGAUCAAAGGCAUAAAUCAGUGCGAGUAUCUCAGUCUGCAGAAGAGAAGGUGUAUCUUCUGUGGAUGAACAAUCAUCUCACUAGUGACGGCAUUUCUUUACAAAACCUUCAAGAAGACAUUAAAACUGCACGGCCAGUCAUCAGAGUAAUAGAGAUUCUGAGUGGCAAAGCUCCACCAGUUCAUGCACUGAAUCCAUUCACUCCUGUGCAAGUCAUUGACAAUUGGCACGUCGUUUUGCAGUUUAUGAGAAGAGUGGGGAUUUCUGUUGAGGGAUUGGAUGCAAAUGAAUUAUGUCAUCUUGAGCAGCGAGCUUUGCUGAAACUCUUUGCGUUGCUACUGAAAUGGGAAGCCGAGAAAAAGCCAUCGAAACAAGAUGCAGGAUCAUCUGCCACAUGACGUCAUGCAUGCACGUGACCUUGCAAAUAACAUUCAUUUCCGUACAUGAUUUUGGUAUUUUUAUACGAAUAAUUUUUUGAUUUUAUAUUAGUCGUAAUGCAAUCAAUAGGGAAUUUAUUAGUAACUGAAGUAAGCACACGAUGAAGAUUGCUAAUUAAUUAUUUAAUUACAAUUGAAGGGUUAGUAGGUAUUCAACAUGUUAACUAAAGUAUGGUUGUCUGUCUGUUGUGUUAUUGUUUUUGUUUGUCUGUCUUGGUUGUUUGUUCGUUGUAUGUCUCGUGUUUGUUUCUGUUCAUUUGUUUGUCUGUCUGUCCGUCUGUUUGUUUGUCUGUCUGUCUUUCUGUCUGUUUGUUUGACUGUCUGUCUGUCUAUUUGGUUGUUUGCCUAAGUUUUUGUUUGUGUAUCUAUCUGUUUAUUGUUUAUAUUUAUUUGUUUA